CCCACUCCGAAGAGCCAAAGUUAGAAAAGCCAAUUCCCACUCACCUCCAAAAACCACUCUAAUCAUUAUGGUAAAAAUCGAUAAUCUUCAACAAGCCCAAACUAAUCAAACUGAAAGUGGUGAUUUUAGCACUCAAAAUCAGCAAGCCCAAACUCAAUCAAAUGCUAAGUCAAAUGAGACUAAAUCCUCCGGACUAAUGACCAUUAUCGGGCAACUCUUACCCUUAGCCCCGUUUGCCUUUGAACAGUUUACCAGACAAAAAGUCCCCCAAAUGACCGGCACCAUUGCCGAAAUGCAAAUGGCACUAAUCCAAAUCCAAUCCAAUUUGCAAACCAUCGUUAAUAAUCAACAAGCCCUCAGUCAACGACUAAUCGCUUUAGAAACUAACGCUUCCCACCAACUCACCACCCUCACCCAACAAUUUCAAUCUUUACGUUUAACCCAUACCAAAGAACAACAACAGAUUGAAUAUAAUCCUAAUCAACAACUAACCAACCAAGAAUAA